CGUGUCUUUCGAAAAUUUUACGCAGCGUGAAAGAGAAUAUUACAAAAAUCUUCGAUUAACAGUUGAUUUAGGAGAUCAAUGACGAAUUACGAAGAUCCGUAUUACCAAGGAGGCCAGUCUUUCUAUCAAGAUGGUUUUUACUCGACAAAUUACGACCAAACCUCGGCUGGGCCUUAUGAAAACUAUGGCAAACAAUAUGCCGGCCAAUAUGGCGGAAGUAACGAUGGAUUUUACAGUUACAAUUAUCCAGCAAAUGGAGGCCAUCAGUUUCAGCCAGCCUAUACAGGAAACAUGAAUCAAGGGAUAAGACAAGUUGAUGAAGCUCACGGGACAGAUUUUGAUGAUGAGCCGCCAUUACUCGAGGAACUAGGUAUCAAUUUCGAACAUAUCUGGCAAAAAACACUUUCAGUUUUGAAUCCAUUGAAAGCGACAGAUUCUCACAUUAUGGAUGACACUGACUUGACAGGGCCUCUUUUAUUUUGUCUGGCGUUCGGAGGAUUUCUCCUUCUUCACGGGAAAGUUCAAUUUGGUUACAUCUAUGGUUUCAGUGCAUUGGGCUGUUUAGCAAUGUAUGUUGUUCUUAAUUUAAUGAGUCUGAAAGGAGUGUCUGUCUGGUGUGUCAUCAGUGUCCUUGGUUACUGUCUACUGCCCAUGGUAGCACUGUCUGGUGUCUCGUUGUUCAUGUCACUUCAGGGAACUCUGGGAUUAAUCCUUACUAUUGUUGUGAUUGGAUGGUGUAGUUUGGCGUCAUCAAAGUUAUUUGUGACAGCACUUGCAAUGGACUCCCAGCAGCCUCUGGUGGCAUAUCCUUGUGCCUUGCUUUAUGGAAUAUUUGCUCUGUUGACUGUAUUCUGAAAUGCUUGGAAGAAAGAUUAUCUGGAUAUCUGAUGGAACAUGUGGUUAUCAAACAUGAUCAAACACUGUUGAACAUCCUAAAUUUGGUUUGAUAACACACCCCGGCAGGAUUACUGCUUGAUAACCCAGACUUUAUUUAAUUUACCAUAUGUUCAACUACUACAAAUGUUGGAAGCAAAUUCAGUACCUUUGCAGUUAAGAGAUAAUACUAAUAAUAACUGCAUAUUGGCCGUAAUAGAAAUGGCUGACUACAAGAGACUUGUCACUGACUUGUUAAUGGAAUUGUUUACUUGGGAUACACAUUGCAUCUCCAAAACACAACUAUUAUAAAAUUAAAAUAUUUAAGGCACUGACAGUGUAUAAUAUUAAUCAAUUAUCUGUCUAGUUAUACAAACAGACUUACAUACUGCCCAUUGACUGUGCUGACUUGCUUAUUGGGCAGCAAUAUAUUUAAGUUAAAAGAAAUAGAAAUGUCUUGUAACACAAGCCAUAGGCAUGUGUUUGCACCAUGACUGCUAGCUGUCCGUUUUCCUCUCAAAAUCAGGCCUAGACAAGAAGGGAUUAGGAUAAGACAUGGGUGCAGCACCCAAACCCCCUUGUCCGUACUGCCAUUUUGCUGUCUCAUUCACAGAUAAACGCUCAUUGGACCCUAAGAAAAAACCGGCUGCCAACAGUCUAGUUUACACCAAAUUCUAAAUCUCCUCUAAAUUUUUGCAAGUGUUUCAGCAACUCAAAAGGAACAUGAAGAAAAUUUAUCUCUUGCACAAUAUUGUGCAGAACCGACAGAAAAGAUUACAUUGUGGUGUUUAUUUUGAUUAUCAAAAUGAAUGCUUGACAGUGUUUGUAAGUUCUGUGCUAUUAUAGAGAAAGGAACAUCUUAGAGCACACGUAAUUUGUAAUUGAGUAUUUAUCUUAUAAUUUUCUGUGGGAACUAAUAAAUUAUGUAGAAUACUUCAUUGUCAUGUUGAUGGACAGUUGCUAGGCUGUGUUCAUAAAUAAACUGAAGUAAAUGAAAUUUAGUUUCCUGCGGAAUUGUAUGCUGUCACUGUAGAAUCAGUUUCCCUAAGUACAUGCAGUGAAUGUGUAAUUAAUUAAUACUUAUAUGUAAUAAUAACAAAUAGAUUGAAAUUUAAAUUCCCCUUACUUAUUUCCUGUGAUCUCUUUUAAUGUCAGUUGUGAGAAUCUGCCAGUUUGUCAAGACAACCCGACUAGCUCUGGAAAUUGAAAGUAGGUACAAACCAUCCAAAAUGGACCAUUACAACUUUAAAAGGUAUGGCACCCUCCCUCCCUACAUUUCCUACAUUUCCCACCUUUCAAGCAUGUUAAAAAGCAUGGAAUCAGACUUUAUCUAAGUCUCUCAAUCAAUCCGUUUAAUUGUGCGCAUGGUUCAAGUUACCCUCGUACCCAGCGUCUUCGUUCCCUUUGACCAGCGGUCGUUUCGUCAAGCCAGCAUGCGCAGUAAGGAACGAAGACUCGAGGUACGAGAUUGGGUUCGAGUUCAAUAAGGGUUUGACUUUCUGAGCAUGCGUACAGAGACUGACCGCUGUAUCUAAUGCUGGCUCGCCUUCCAAUUUAUCCCAGAAGUUUCGAUUUCUUCGUGCUAACCGAAAGGAUUACCGCCUCUGGGAAGACCAAGUUCGUUUGAGAACGAGAUUGCGGUUGUGGGUGGUCCUGGCGCAAUUCCCGGGGCGAAGCUUAUGUUUCUCCGCCUCGCGCUCUUCUCUCUCAAGUUGUGAGGGUGAUGGACAAAACACUGACCCCUAGUCCAUGGACUACCUCAAUGGACUACCCUAAAAUGAACUACCCUAAAAU